AUGAACGAAGUGUAUACAUUCACGGGAGAAUUGAUCAAUGACCAUUUGGAACAGCAUCUUUCCGAAACUGCAGGAGCCAAAUCUUAUAACAAUAUUACUUGUCAAACAUUUGACAAACUUGUCAACUACAAUUACGGCGAAGUCCAUCCAACCGUAAUUCGACAAAGAAUAGUGCAUCUGUUAAACACCAUUCUAUUUGGAGAAUAUCUCGUGGUAGAUGACCAAAUUAGAUUGGUUAUAACCGUCUACGAGAGAUUUGUAAUAUACGAUGAUGAAGAUGAAGAAAUAAAUCCAUCUUCAGAAAAUCAACAAGAAGACAUGGCAAAUGUGGAGGGCAUAAUAGCCGCAAUGGAUUAA